UGAACAUCCUCCAGCGCAAUGAUCUAGCAGAUAGUAACAUCUACAAACUCAAUUUCUAUACAGCACCAUUAAUUGUGCAUACAUACAUACAACAAUGGCACGAACCAGGUCAAAACCUGCAAAAGCUACCCCUAAAGAGUCCACACCAGAACCCACGCCUUCAACAAUCAAACCUCUACCCACCAGUACCUCGAACCCGCCCAAACUAUUUGUACUCCCACGGGACGCGUCGAAAGAUGCGCGGAUAGUAACACUCGACAAUCCCGCAAACGACACACCAUCAAGAUACUACUUCUGCCCAGAGAAAGGCUUUCAUGAGUUCACACGCAUUGCAGCGCCAAAGAAAGAUUGCAAGAGCUGGCUGAUCACCGGGGAGAAGAGCGGAGAACACGAUGAUUCCAAAGACGCGGCAGAGAGUGAAGAUGAUGUGCGGAUAGGCAGCGGCUACAUCACCAAAAGCGCAGACCUGUUCAUCGCGACGCCCAUCGACAUCCUCUUCCUCGUACUCCCCGCCCUAGCACCCAAGAGCGCGAAAGAAACGAAACAGCACUUCCUCGCGCUAGACGACUACCUUGAUAUGUUCUCCACUUCUGCGCGGCACUGGAAAGCGCUCCUCAUACAAUACCCAAGUCUCAAGCGCAUGGUGGAGAAGAGAAUGCGCGCUGUAUGCGACACAGUCGAUGCAGGCGACGAGACCAUGUUCCGACUCUCAAACGAGAAGCUAGUACACGUGUUGAUGAAGAAGGCAGAACGUAUGGUGAAAAACGGCCUACCACCAAGCUUGGAGGACAAGUUUAUCAAGACCGCGUUGGAAGUGCCAAUUAUGAGCAUCAAGAGAGAGGAGAGUACAUUGAGCGCAGUGUCGAUCACAGAAACCGUAAUAGACGGCACUUCAACACCGUCUACAAACGUCGAAUCGCAGUCCGAAGCAUCAGUCACCACAUCGAUAGAGUCCCAAACGAGCGUGAACACAAGUAUCACGAUACCAGAAGAUAUCCCCUCAAAACCAAGCUUGCACACGCCAUCUGAGAUACCAUAUCUCCUCCGCCUCCGCACCAGCCUAAACUACCUAUCAUCCUCUUAUAUCCCUCCUACCCUCCGCAGCAUACUACAAGACCUCCUCGCCCCCAGAUUCUCAACGUUGGACACCCACCUCUCAGCACUAGCCAAACUUAGAUCCGAAGCCGCAGCCCUGCGCUCCAUUUCAGACAACAUCUCCCGCAAGCGUGCCAUUGAAGAAGACGACGACAAGGUUGCUGAGCGCGAGGAAAAGAAGCGCAAAAAGGAAGAAGAUGAGAAGAAGAAGAAACUCGAGGGCAGGGGUAUUAAGCAGUUGAAGAAAGUAGACACGAGCGGGAUGAAGAAGAUGAGUUCUUUUUUCCAGAAGAUGCCUAAGAAGGCGUAAAGGUUGGAUUUUUAGCGGAGUUUUAAGGUGCUUGGAGAGCGUUGCAUUCGUGCUUGUUGGAUACCACAUCACAGGAACAUGUACCAUCAGCUAGGAGAAUUGAUCUUAUUUGACUAUGCUAUUGUCAUUCCCCAUGACCGUCAACAUACUAUGCUGCUGCGGUGUACACCAGUGCACAGUAUGCUAUGCUUGGACAAACAGGCUAUAUCCAAACCUGUAAACUUGACUUUCGGCUAUACAGUCAGCCUUAGUACCUCAUAAUCGCCAUAAUGCUUGCAUCGCAUCGUGCAGUACACACGCAGUAUGGGUAUCCUCCAAAUCAAGACGCUCGCUAUGUAACAUUAAUGGCCAAUAG